ACAAUGGUGCUCAGGAGUGGAGUGUUUCUGCCAUUUCUUGGCGUGUUGCUUCUCGUGUCUCCUUCCGCUGGUCACUUCGUUGUGCCGGAGGAGUUUGCUUCGCUCCUCGGCAUCGUCUUCUCGACGAUACCACAGAUCAGAAAGGGCACAGACUCGCGCCUGGGAUUCGGAUACAGACUCGGAGAGCAUGCGGAUUUUCAGGUGCUGGUCGAAUUGGGGCCGCAAAAGUUCACAAAACCCAUCGGUGGCGAGGACACAACGAACACCAACAGCAAGAGGAAUGUCAAUCCGGAGGAUUACAGACCUCCCAAGAAGGAGACCAACAAUUGGCUCAUGAAUUGGUCUCAGAGUGCCAAAAAUCAGGAAUUACAGCCUGAAGAUCCAGAGCAUCCAAUCACAGCGGUUCUCAUGGGUAGUCCAAAGGUGCCAACGAAGCCUCUGAUUCCUGAAUCAUCCCUGAAGCAGUUGCUGAAGUUGUACGGCAAGAAGAGCGAAGAUCGAGAGGAGGAUCCGCAGCCACAGAGCUCAGAUGAGUCUCUGGGCAUUCUGCCCGGUGACACGCAAGAUUCCACUGUCCAGUUCCAGGAUCGCCAUCGUGUCUUCGUCAAGACGCCAUCGCUCAAGCCACCAGUUGCCAAUUUCGAUCGCAAGAAGAUCACAGAGGAUCUGAUGGAUGUGGAAUUGGAUUGA